AUGGCCAAAGGUGCAAGAGCUUCCACGAAAAAGGCGAACAAUGUCAAGUUAAAGAGCAAGGUCUUUGGACCAGUGGAAACAGACCGCACAGCCAGACUCUCGGAGAAGCUCCUGGCAUUGGCCGCACAGCCCAAGCCCAAGCCAGCAGAGAAGGACGUGGAUAUGGAGGCAGAAGAUGUCGCAACGGAAGAGAAAGUAGUGCCAGCGGCAGUGGCCCAGCAGACAGAAGCUAUGGAAGUCGACUCUAAAAAGCCCGACUCGAAGUCUGGGAAGGGAGAGAUCAAGAGGCGGGUCAGCAAACGGAGGAGCGCAAUUGUAUUCCCCAAGUACAACGAACGGAGUAAAGUCAAGAAGUCGAAGGGCAAGAAGUGA